GCGGCCGGGCCGGAGACGCCUCCGCGCCGAGCGCCGCCCCGCUGGCUGCCUGGCUGCUGCCUGGCUGCUGCUCGCCCGGCCGGGCCGUCGGAAGCGCCGCGGACCCCGGAGCGGCGGCCGGCCAUGGAGCAGGAGCGGGAGCGGGGCGCGCCCCGCCGCCAGCCGCGCCUCUGCCAGAUGCUGCGCGGCGAGCAGGGCUACGGCUUCCACCUGCACGGCGAGAAGGGCAAGAGCGGCCAGUUCAUCCGCAAGGUCGAGCCCGGCUCGCCGGCCGAAGCGGCGGGGCUGCGCGCCGGGGACCGCCUGCUCGAAGUCAACGGCGUCAACGUGGAGAAGGAGACGCACCACCAGGUUGUGCAGCGCAUCAAAGCAAUUGAAACCGAGACCCGGUUGCUGGUGGUGGACAAAGAGACCGAUGAGCAUUUCCGGAGUCUCCGCCUGACCUGCUCCGAGGAGGUGGGCUGGCCGGUCAUGGUGGCAAACCCUGAGGCACCACCAGGCAAAGGGCCCAAUUCCAGCAACGGAGACUCCUGGAAGGCUGCGGCCGAGCUGAGCAGCAGGAGCCUGAAAAGGCACAAGUACAGUUUAGGUUCGGAGAGUGGGAAGAAGGAUGUGAAUGGGCAGGCCAAGGAGCCUUUGGGGGCCCGACUUUGUCAUCUCAAGAAAGGGCCCAACGGCUACGGGUUCAACCUGCACAGCGAGAAGUCCCGUCCUGGACAGUUCAUCCGCUCGGUGGAUCUGGAUUCCCCGGCAUCCAAGGCGGGUCUACGGCCACAAGACAGACUCGUGGAGGUCAAUGGGAUCAAUGUGGAAGGCAUGAAGCAUUCAGAAGUUGUGGCCCACAUCAAGUCUAAGGAAAAUGAAGCGUGGUUGCUGAUAGUGGACCCUGCAACAGAUGAAUAUUUCAAGAAACUUGGUGUCACUCCUGCCGAAGAACACAUUCGAGGGGGAGUUCCUCAACCUAUGACAAAUGGGUCAGUGCAAACACAGCUGAAUGGCGGAUCCGUGUCUUCGUCCCACAGCGAUUGCCAAAGUCCUGAGGAGGCCGAGGUAAGAGAGCCGAAAAAGAAAGACCCCUUUGAAGAAAGCGGGCUGAACCUGAGUCCCACCGCAGCAGAAGCCAAAGAGAGAGUGCGUGCCAAGCGGGUGAACAAGAGGGCGCCUCAGAUGGACUGGAACAAGAAGCGGGAGAUCUUCAGCAAUUUCUGAGCCCAUUGAGGGUCUCCGUUUCCCUUCUGGCUCCUCCUGCAAGGAGACAUUUGCAAGGUGCACAAAUUGUGUCCCACCCUGACGGACAGGGCCGCAACGCACUCCAUGCUCCACAUUUUUCCACAAGCAAGGCGGUUUCUCUCUGAUUGCGCCAAGUGGUCUGAGAGCAAAUCUGAGGGAAGGGGAAGGCGAAGAAGGUGGGAGGGAGAGAGAAACCUCUUGCAGUUUGUAUUAAUUAGGGAUCAUUUAACUGGCAAUAUUAGAAUAUAUUAUUUAUAGGACCAUUUUUAUAUAAGGAAUUGUUUGAGUUGCUUUUCUUCCCCAUUUGUGUUUAGAUAUUUUAAAAUAUUUUUACAUUCCAAAUCAGCACCUUUCCAUUUAGCUGAAAGCUGUAGCUUCUACCACUAUGGACUGCAGUGUUAACAACUUCAGAAAUGGAUUAGCUAACUAUUCCUUGAUCGUGACCCUUUCAGUUCCAAGUUUGGAGUUUAUUUUUUCAGUACUUUUUAUUUUUUUUUUUCAGUACUUUAUUCAGCUAGCACUUGACAUUCCCUUGUUUUUAGUGUAUCAGAUACUUUUCUUUCCAAUCCUUUUUUAGGCUCAUAACUUAGCAAGUACAGGAUUGUAAUCUGAAUUCAUUUUUAUUAUAAGAGAGUUGCUUAAUAAUGAGAUGGGUGGCCACCUCAUGUAAUGUUGGAAAAAAACCCAACUUUUUAGUGAGACUUGGGAGAGUUAUGAGAAAAAGGUUCCUUUGAGAAUGAAGUUCUUGCUGGUAAGCAAAAAACAUCUCAAGGUGAAUUUUAUCUUUAUUAUUUUGAGGGCAUUAAAAAAACUUACAAUGCUUCAAUUUUGCUGCUCUUUCAGUAGCUGUGAGGCAGGCAGCCAGCCUCUCUUUCAGCUUGCAGCCUAAAAUAGAUGCCUUUUUCUGUCCCCAAGAUGUUGACUGGGCUUGGUCUCAGGUGGGACUAAUCUUCACACAGGUGGUAAACAUAAUUGUGAAUUUGGUGCAAUGCUCUCUAGCUCUUACACAGUUGCUCUUGGGGAAAGUGUGAAUGUGAGAUGCCAGCGUGUCUACAGCUCCCUGAAGAUUGUGACACAUCUGCUCCAGAGCUGUCCGUUGGUGCCUAGCUAGAUUAAGGCUCAAAAUCCAGAGACAGCGUGCAGUCUCUGUGAGUAAAUCUGGUGGUCAUCAUUAGCCACUGACCGUUCUGAGGGGGCAAGGGAAGGGAACGCACAGAGAAAUGACUCUUACAUGUAAGCCCUUUAGGCAAUGAGUAUUUUUACUCCAUCUUUAUUCCUGGUGGGACACGUGUUGUGAGAAAUUUCUGCUGCAUACAGUAUGCCACUGUGCCUUAGACCCAGGUUGGGAGAGAGAGGGCAAAUUUGGGGUUUCCCACCAAAUUGAUUCUCUUCUGGUGGGAAUGUGGUUUCUAGUGUUUCCGAACAGCGUAAAAACAAGGCAAAUAUUUCCAAGUAAUUUCUGCAGCAAUCUCUUACCCAUAAAAAUGCCACUAAGAGUUCUGGAUGCAAAGUGGAGGUCACUCCCAACAUUUUGGUGAUGCCACAGAGACCUCCAGAUGAGCUACCAGACUGGAAUUAUAAAUUUGGCAGGAGGGAUAUGUGGCAGCUCAGAAAUAAUCUUAACCAUAUACAGUCUUCAUUAAACCUAAACAGAAAUCUAACUGAGUUGAUGAAUGAACCCUACACUCCCUCAUUUUGGGGGGCAGCCUCUUAAAGGCCGAGGGGGGUCUUUGGCAUGGGAAAAAUGUCCACCAGAGAACAGCUCUCUUGGCAGGAAGGGGCGGGUGGAGCAGCUUUGCCAAUGAGGUCAAGGGCUGCUUGGGAAGGAAAAGGCAGGGGGGGUCUCUGUGCCUCCCCUAGGAAAAGGAACAACCUUUUUUCUUUUUCUAAAAAGUUUUUUUAAAGCUUUAAGAAUAUAGCUGAAUGGGAUGCAGUUUUUCUUUCUUUUUUAAAAAAGCAGAGGAAUUGCCUUUUAAUGAUGGCAGAGAUUAAAUAUUGCUCUGCUGGGGUGUCCACCAGGGAAGGCCCCAAAACUCCCGAUGGUGGCUGCAGUGGUGCAAUCCAAGCCCUGCCUUUUGUGUGUACAAACUGUCCCCCAGCGCUCCUGAAGGAGAGAGGAGAGUGAUGUUUUUGCAUGUUAUAAACAAACAAAUUUGGAGCUUUUUGAAUAGUUUGUAAAUGGCUGAAUUGAAGAAGAUGGCUUAGUUCAUUCUCUCCCUUUGAAAAAAAGGCAGUGGUUGUGAUAAAGCAAUUGUAGCAUUUCUUACGAGAGGGUCCUUUUGUUCAGGCACUGCCUGGGUUGACCGAAAGGCUCUUAAGAGGUGGGGGCAACACCAAGGGCUGUGAUGCUCUGAAGAGGCUUCAGAUACGUGAUGCAUUUGUACCCAUCAAGCCAGGCUCCAAUGCCUAAUUUUGCCCCUGGCAGCUGAGCUUCAAUCACAGGAUCUCUGGGAGGAAAAAGAUUCGUGCUGCAAGAGAAUCAAAUUCCAGAUUUGGCUCUCCUGUUAAAGAAACCAGGAAGCUUCCAGUGAGAACUUGAUAGGGUGGGGCAGAUCAUCAGUUGCAAUUCACCCUUUCUUGCUUUCCUUCCAGUGAAUCUGAUUGUAGAAGAUGCUAUAGUUUUUGAAAGGACAAAAGCCGUGGGUGGUAGCCGUGGUCUUCUCAACAAAAGUCCAGGUUCCCUGGAACUUUGUCUUGUGGUUUUGUAGAAAUGGGGUGUUCGGGUGCCAGGUGGAGAGAGGGAAGUCUUGGCGGUGGUCCCGUCCACCCUUUUGGUCUGGUAGGUGCCUGCCGGUUAGGCAGCAGGCAGUGUGUCAUUUUUGAAGUUUAUGUCUCCAGCUUGCACACCUUGGGGCUCUCCAGAGGUGUUGGGGGUAGAGUGUCCUUAAUGCCAUAUUGGUUGAGAAUGACUAGUGCAUUUCUGCUUAUCUGUGGAAGUCCCAAUUUGGGAAAGAUCAAGCAAUUUAACAAACUUAAAAAAACUAAGUUUCAGAUUAUUGAUUCCAUUAAUCUUUGGCUUCACAUUGUCCAUGCAGGAUGCCAAGAAUUGAUACAGAUCACAGAAGCUGUCUCCUUGAACAUCACUAUUAUAGUGGUUUUUUUAAAAAAGACAUUCAGAAGUGCCCACAGAGUAUUUUUCAAGAAGUCAAGAUGACAGCCAAAGCUCCAGCCCUUGUUAUGGGUGACAUAUGUACAAAGGAGGUAGGGCUUCCAUUGCACAGCUGUUUCUGCCAUCUUUAAUUUUCCUUUCCUGUCCCCCAACUGGUGCCCCUGAACCCACUUAUGAGCAGGGAGGAAAACGUUACUGUAGUUUUCACUUUCUCCAUGAUGAUCCACCAUCACAUUCCAAAUUAUUUUAAUGGCUGUCCUGCUGUAGGUGAUUAAAGGACAGAGGCAUCAAAAUGUGCAAAGAUAAUGUGGUUGAUGUAAGGCUACAGAAAUGGAAAUUCCACCCCCUUCCAGUUAAUGGUUGUCGGAGUCUCCCUCUGGCUCUGCUCGGCUCCCCCCAGCAAGAGCUGGUGGGCUUAGAGCACCUGGUUUGGAGAUGCCCAGCUGAUCUCAGGGCAGACCUGCUCUUUCUUGGGGGGGGGGGGAGAUUGGAGCCACCUCAGGAGGGAGCUGGAGACAUUGAUGGGGGCCAAUGUGGAAAAGGUACCUUCUUGGGGAGGUGUGAAUUUUUAAAAGGUGUGGGGAGACCCAUAUUAAGGUUGAAAAUCUUAAGGUGGAUCUUAUGGUCUGCGUUGAAAGUGUUUUUUGUCACCUUUUUUGCUUUGUCGUCAGAACUGCUUGGCUUCAUUGUUUUUUGGCAAAGGUCUCCAACCUUUUGAGCACCGGGGAGUGGUUCCGUGGAGGUUUUUCUGCGGACCGGAGGGGGCCUGGUUUUGUGUGCUGCCUGCAUCCCGUGGAUGGGGCUUUGCUUGUUUGCACAGACCGGUUUCUGGCAUGCCAGGGGUUGGGGACCCGUUUUAUGGAAUUGUUUUCACAUUAGAGGUGUCGGGGCAAAAGGCAGGCACCAGCACUGUGGCAUUUUGCUCCAGGGGACAAGUGUGCAGGUGCAGACCUAAGAAAGGGCUUUGUUGGGUUUUCAAGACUGAAGGCUGUCUGGAUGGUGGGUGGGAUGAAGGCCCCCCCAGCGAUCACCCCAACUUCCCUCUGCUUCAUGGAAUGAUGCUGGUGGAUAAAAGCACACACUUUCUUUUUCUGCCAUCCUGCCAGCUCUGUAACUCGAUUUCUGCACAUUAAUUCUCACAUACUCACAAAAAAAAACUGACAAAAAAAGAGCUCUUUUAACUGCAUUGUAUUUUAAAAAGUAUAUUACAAUGUCAAUAAUAAAACUG